UUGUUUGGAGGUAUUGAGAAAGGGUGGGACAUGAUUUUCUCUCCACAACAGUGACGUUCUUCUGCUUCAAGACUUGACAAAGACCAUCAACAAGUCACACUGGAGGCUUUAUAUUGCUGUGGCUGUGAUUACUGUCACUUUUUGAGUCCAAAUUUGCUAUUUUUCCUGUUUUACCAUGGCGGCCGUGAGGUUGACUUCAAGUUCCGCGCUUGUGGGGAUCAUGUGGCUGCUGUGCGGGAUCUUCUCCCCAGCAACCAACAGCGAGAGCGUCCGCCAUGAGGUGUGCCAGCCCGUCUCCAUCCCGCUCUGCGCCGACGUCCCCUACAACCAGACCAUCAUGCCGAACCUCCUGGGCCACACCACACAAGAAGACGCGGAGCGGGAGAUGCGCCAGUUCGAGCCGCUGAUGAACGCCAACUGCUCGGCGGAUCUCCCCAUGUUCCUGUGCACUGUGUACGCGCCGGUGUGCACGGUGCUGGAGGCUGCCAUUCCCCCGUGCAGGUUGCUGUGUCAGCGGGUACGACGGGGAUGUAAAUCGAUGAUAACCGAAGGAGGUUUCCAGUGGCCAGAGAGUCUUCGCUGCGAGAAGUUCCCGGUGGCAGGACUCUGUGUGGUGAGCACAGCCUAGCACAGCCUGUUAUGUAUAAAAUACUACAGCACACAUAUGCCGAGGAGGUUUAAAUAAACAUGGAGAAAAUAUUCAUUCAAUCACAAGGCACAUAUAGACAAACAACCAUUCACACUCACAUGGAGAAAAUAUAUGAUUUCAUAAAUAAAUGUGUGGUACAAUAUCCCCUAAGAUGCUAUUUUCCUCUUGUCCCAUGCUUUAAUGACCCAGCUGAAUGUCAAAUAAAACAAUUAUAUUCAAAUGUCUGUCUUUUUAUAUUUCAAAUGGCUGCACGAUGGAUGAGUGGUUAGCACACAGGCCUCACAGCUAGGAGACCCGAGUUCAGUUCCACCAUCGGCCAUCUCUGUGUGGAGUUUGCAUGUUCUCCCUGUGCAUCUCCGGGUAUUCCGGUUUCCUCCCCCAUUCCAAAAACAUGCUAGGUUAAUUGGCAACUCCAAAUUGUCCAUAGGUAUGAAUGUGAGUGUGAAUGGUUGUUUGUCUAUAUGUGCCCUGUGAUUGGCUGGCGACCAGUCCAGGGUGUACCCCGCCUCUCGCCCCAAGACAGCUGGGAUAGGCUCCAGCACCCCCUCGACCCUCGUGAGGAUAAGCAGUAGAAAAUGAAUGAAUGAAUUUCCUGUCUUUGGUAGUUUUAUUCAUACAUGCCUCAAGUAAUUGUGGAAUAAUUUGUUUUAAUCAUCAUGAUAAUCAUCACCCUCGACAUCACACAACACUGAUACACAUAAUUAUGAUAUAGAGUAUUUUGUUUUCUUUAAUUCACAUUAGUAUUAGUAUGUCGGCUUUAAGUAUA